UCACAGAAGCAACUUUCGAAGCAAAAAAAUGAAGAAGAAAAAAACCUCAACGUGCAAUCUUCCCGGAGGCAAAGAACGGCGCUGUUUGUCCCUUAGUAACUGAGCAACACGCCGGCGACCAGGACUGCCUGUGUCUUCUGCGGUUUUUCUUGCACUUCUCCGCGUUGGUUCACUUCCACCCUCUAAACGCUCCUGAAGUGAAAAGUCGGGCGGGGCGGCCACAGUCCCGGGGCCGCCAGCUGCGCGCGAGGCCCAGCUGCAGGGGGUCUCGGCCCCGCGUCCUGCUCAGCCCCUUCCUCCCACCCGGCCGAGCAGGGGCGGGUCCACGCGGCCUGGGCGCUGCGGCCGGCACGCGGUAGGGGUCGCUGCGCCGGGCGCGCGCUCGCACCGCGCUGAAUAACCCAGCCUGGCUGGAGGAGAAAGGAAACCUGCGAGGGAGGCGGCGGCGGCGGCCGGCGAGCGGGUGAGGGAGGAGAGUUCACUUCUACUCGGGUGUCAGCGCGCGGCGGCUGCGGCGGGCGCUGGCGAGGGAGCACCGAGGGAGAGGGUCGCCCGUCUCGCGGAGGCCAGGGGAGGACAGCGAGAGGCGGGUUCCGAGCGCGCCGGUGGGGCGCGGAGCCCGCGAGCCUGGCCAGCGAGGGGAGCCGCGGGGGACGCUCCCCGGGCGGGCCCCCGGAGACGCGCAGGAUGCCCCACGAAGACCUGCCGUCGCUGCAGAGACCCCGCUAUGGCUCUAUCGUGGACGAUGAAAGGCUCUCUGCAGAGGAGAUGGAUGAGAGGAGGCGGCAGAAUAUCGCUUACGAAUAUUUGUGCCACUUGGAGGAAGCCAAAAGGUGGAUGGAAGUCUGCUUAGUUGAAGAAUUGCCACCAACCACUGAACUGGAAGAAGGGCUCCGCAAUGGAGUUUACCUUGCAAAGUUAGCCAAGUUCUUUGCCCCGAAAAUGGUAUCAGAGAAAAAGAUCUAUGAUGUGGAACAAACACGUUAUAAGAAGUCUGGCCUUCAUUUCCGACACACAGACAAUACCGUCCAGUGGUUGAGAGCGAUGGAGUCUAUUGGGCUACCCAAGAUAUUUUAUCCAGAAACCACAGAUGUCUAUGAUCGGAAAAACAUACCAAGGAUGAUAUAUUGCAUUCAUGCACUAAGUUUAUACCUGUUCAAACUAGGAAUAGCACCUCAGAUCCAGGAUUUGUUGGGCAAAGUAGACUUCACAGAGGAAGAAAUCAGUAAUAUGAGAAAAGAGCUUGAGAAAUAUGGAAUACAGAUGCCGUCUUUCAGCAAAAUAGGUGGUAUUCUGGCCAAUGAACUGUCGGUGGAUGAAGCUGCCUUACAUGCUGCAGUUAUAGCCAUUAAUGAAGCUAUUGAAAAACGAGUCGCAGAGCAGACCAUCAUAACGCUAAGAAACCCCAAUGCAGUUUUAACGUUAGUGGAUGACAACCUUGCACAGGAAUAUCAGAAAGAACUCUGGGAAGCCAAAAAGAAAAAAGAGGAAAAUGCAAGACUGAAGAAUAGCUGUAUUUCAGAAGAAGAAAGAGACGCAUAUGAGGAACUGCUGACGCAAGCGGAAAUCCAAGGCAAUGUUAACAAAGUCAACAGGCAGGCUGCAGUGGACCACAUCAAUGCUGUCCUUCUGGAAGGCGACCCUGAGAACACACUGCUCGCACUGAACAAACCGGAGGCCCAGCUGCCUGCUGUUUAUCCCUUCGCUGCUGCUAUGUAUCAGAAUGAACUUUCCAACCUCCAGAAACAGAAUGCCACGAACUACUUGGCCCACGAGGAGCUCUUGAUUGCAGUGGAAAUGUUGUCUGCGGUUGCUUUACUAAACCAGGCCUUGGAAAGCAACGAUCUUGUCUCUGUGCAGAAUCAACUCAGAAGCCCCGCAAUAGGCUUAAACAAUCUGGAUGAGACAUAUGUGGAACGUUAUGCAAACUCACUAUUCUCCGUUAAACUGGAAGCCUUAUCCCAAGGACAAGAUAACUUAAGCUGGAAUGAAAUUCAGAAUUGUAUUGAUAUGGUUAAUAUUCAAAUUCAAGAAGAAAAUGACCGAAUUGUAGCUGUAGGGUACAUUAAUGAAGCUAUUGAUGAAGGGAAUCCUUCGAAGACUUUAGAAUCCUUGCUGCUACCUACUGCUAAUAUCAGCGAUGUGGACCCAGACUGUGCCCAGCACUACCAGGAUGUUUUAUACCAUGCUAAAUCACAGAAACUCAGGGAUCCUGAGAGUGUUUCUAAAAUUCUUUGGCUGGAUGAGAUACAGCAAGCCAUCAAUGAGGCCAACGAGAACAAGGACAGAGUGAAACAAGGUGUUACGCUGAUCGUUGAUGUUAAUCAGUGUUUGGAGGGAAAAAAAUCAAGCGAUAUUUUGUCUAUAUUGAAGUCUUCUGCUUGCAAUGCAAAUGACGUAAUCUCUGAAUGUGCUGACAGGUACUAUGAAGCCCUUGAGAAGGCAAAAGAGCUCAAAACUGAAAGAGUGUCUAGUGAAGGUUCAUGGCUCAAACUCACCCUGCAGGAGAAAUAUGACUACUAUUAUAACGUUGAUUCAAAAGAGAGUUCCUGGGUCCUGCCUGAAUCGUACUCCCAUAAGGAAUCAUGGCUCACGGAAAAAGAAAUUGAGGAUGUUAUUGAGGAAGUCACGCUAGGUUACAUUCAUGAGAAGAUGUGGUCUGCUUCAGAGGAUUUGCUGCUUCGCUUUCGAGGCACAAGCUCAGGAAACGUCCUUAUGGAAGAGUUUGAAGCUAGGAAAUCAUUUUUGUAUGGACAAGAAGAGAAUGUGGUCAAAAUACAGGCUUUUUGGAAAGGAUAUAAACAACGGAAGGCGUAUAUGCACAGACGGCAAAUGUUCAUUGAUAAUAUUUAUUCUAUUGUGAAGAUUCAGUCCUGGUUCCGAAUGGUGACAGCAAGAAAGAGCUACCUUUCACGACUACAGUAUUUCAGAGACCAUAAUAAUGAAAUUGUGAAAAUACAGUCCUUAUUGCGAGCAAACAAAGCAAGAGAUGACUACAAAACAUUGGUUGGCUCCGAAAACCCACCAUUAACAGUCAUCCGCAAAUUUGUACACCUAUUAGACCAAAGUGAUUUGGAUUUCCAAGAGGAACUGGAGGUAGCACGAUUAAGGGAAGAAGUGGUGACCAAGAUUAGAGCCAAUCAACAGCUAGAGAAAGACCUGAACCUGAUGGACAUCAAGAUUGGACUCUUGGUGAAGAACAGGAUCACGCUAGAGGAUGUAAUCUCACACAGAACAAAGCUGAAUAAGAAAAAAGGAGGAGAAAUGGAAAUAUUGAACACCACGGACAACCAGGGAAUAAAAAGUUUAAGUAAGGAAAGGAGAAAAACACUAGAAACUUACCAGCAGCUAUUUUACCUUUUACAGACUAACCCUUUAUACUUGGCGAAGCUGAUUUUCCAGAUGCCACAGAACAAGUCAACAAAAUUUAUGGAUACCGUUAUUUUCACACUAUACAAUUAUGCUUCUAAUCAGCGAGAAGAAUAUCUACUCCUCAAGCUUUUUAAAACUGCUCUGGAGGAAGAAAUAAAAUCGAAGGUGGACCAGGUACAGGACAUAGUUACUGGUAACCCUACUGUCAUCAAGAUGGUUGUCAGCUUCAACAGAGGUGCCCGGGGACAGAACACCCUGCGCCAGCUCCUGGCUCCAGUGGUGAAAGAGAUCAUCGAUGACAAGUCCCUGAUCAUCAACACGAGCCCUGUAGAGGUGUACAAGGCUUGGGUGAACCAGCUAGAAACACAGACAGGGGAGGCCAGCAAGCUGCCUUACGACGUGACCACAGAACAAGCUCUAACAUACCCCGAAGUGAAAAAUAAACUGGAGGCCUCCAUCGAGAACCUGAGAACGGUCACCGACAAAGUCCUCAACUCUAUCAUUUCUUCCCUUGAUCUACUGCCUUAUGGAUUGAGGUAUAUAGCCAAAGUACUGAAGAAUUCGAUCCAUGAGAAAUUCCCCGAUGCAACAGAAGAUGAGCUAUUAAAGGUAGCUCCCGAUGGCUUUGACAUCAUUGACAUGACGGCCGGAGGCCAGAUAAAUUCUGACCAAAGGAGAAACUUAGGAUCCGUGGCCAAGGUUCUUCAGCAUGCAGCUUCCAACAAGCUGUUUGAAGGAGAAAAUGAGCAUCUCUCAUCUAUGAACGAUUAUUUAUCAAAGACAUACCAGGAAUUCAGGAAAUAUUUCAAAGAAGCAUGUAAUGUCCCUGAGCCAGAAGAGAAGUUUAAUAUGGACAAAUACACAGACUUGGUGACAGUCAGCAAACCAGUCAUCUAUAUUUCAAUUGAGGAAAUCAUCAGCACGCAUUCGCUCCUGUUGGAACACCAGGACGCGAUUGCCCCUGAAAAAAAUGACUUACUGAGUGAGUUGUUGGGGUUGCUGGGAGAGGUACCUACCGUGGAAUCUUUUCUUGGGGAAGGAGCAGUUGACCCCAAUGAUCCUAACAAGGAAAAUACACUAAAUCAACUCUCAAAGACUGAGAUUUCUCUUUUCUUGACAAGCAAAUAUGACAUAGAGGAUGGCGAAUCUAUAGAUGGCCGAAGCCUCAUGAUAAAGACCAAAAAGUUAAUAAUUGAUGUGAUUCGGAACCAGCCAGGAAACACAUUGACAGAAAUCUUAGAGACACCAGCAACUGCACAACAGGAAGUAGAUCAUGCCUCAGACAUGGCGAGCCGUGCAAUUAUAGAUUCCAGGACUCCAGAAGAAAUGAAGGAUAGCCAGUCCAUGAUGGAGGAUGCUCAGCUGCCUCUGGAGCAGAAGAAGAGGAAAAUCCAGAGGAAUCUGCGGACAUUAGAACAGACUGGACUCGUGUCAUCCAAAAAUAAAUACCAAGACAUUCUCAAUGAGAUUGCCAAGGAUAUACGAAAUCAAAGAAUCUAUCGUAAGCUUCGAAAAGCUGAAUUAGCAAAACUUCAGCAGACCCUGAAAGCACUUAAUGAGAAGGCAGCAUUUUAUGAAGAGCAAAUUAAUUAUUAUGACACCUACAUAAAGACUUGUUUAGACAACUUAAAAAGAAAAAAUUCUCGGAGAUCAAUUAAACUGGACGGAAAAGGAGAACCCAAAGGGGCGAAGAGAGCUAAGCCUGUGAGGUACACAGCAGCGAAGCUACACGAGAAAGGCGUCCUGCUAGGGAUAGAUGAUCUUCAAACAAACCAGUUUAAGAAUGUUACAUUUGAUAUCAUAGCCACUGAAGAUGUGGGCAUCUUCGAUGUCAGAUCUAAGUUCCUUGGUGUAGAGAUGGAAAAGGUGCAGCUCAAUAUUCAGGAUUUACUUCAGAUGCAGUAUGAAGGAGUAGCUGUAAUGAAAAUGUUUGAUAAGGUUAAAGUGAAUGUAAAUCUUCUCAUAUACCUGCUGAACAAGAAAUUCUAUGGAAAGUGAAGUGCCUGCAGAAAUUUCAUGAAUUCUGUUAUCAUCUGGAUUGGGAAAUCAAUUUGUUUAGUAUUUUUUUUUAAACAUGAUUGAAAUCACUGCUUACAAAUGUGUGAUUUUUUUUAAAGACCAAAACUGUUCUGAAAAAUGUGCCUUUUUGAUAAUUUGAUACUAAAAACAGAAUGAUAUGCAAAAUGAAUUAAUGUAAACACAUCGACAUUGUACUGUGGUAUAGGUACUCAGAUUUAAAACUUUGGACAUCCUGUGAUCUAUUUUAAAGUAGGGGGAGAAAUUUAGCUGACUAGGGACAAACAUGUAAACCUAUUUUCCUAUGAAAAAAUUUUAAAUGUCCCACUUGAAUAAUGUAAUUCUUCAUAGAUUUUUUUUUUUAUCUGUGGACAAAUGGAAACCUAAUUAUUUGUAAUGAAUUAUUUAGAUAGUUCUAAGCCCUGUCUUCUGGGAGUUAUCAAUUUUAAAGAGAACUUUUGUGCAAUUCAAAAUGAAGUUUUUAUAAGUAAUUGAAAAUGACAAUACAAUAACACUUUCUGUAUAAAAGUAUAUAUUUUAUGUGAUUUAUUCCUACUAAAUGAAAGUGCACUACUGCCUCAUGUAAAGACUCACAUACGAAGAGCCUUUAAGUGACUAAGGAACAACAUGAUAGCGAUCAUAGGUCCCCACCUCCAUCCCUCACAAUGUAUUUGAAUAUUUCAAUUGUGCCUCUCAAUUUUUUGUAAUGCUAUAAAAUCAGUAUCUAGAUGGUUUUUAAAUGUAUUCUUUGGAAAUUGUUUUAUGUAAAAUAAAUGUUACUUAAUUACAUU